AUGGGCGAAACAGAGGCGGACGAGCGCGGCCUCGCCACCGCCCCCGGCAAACUGGAGGAGGAGGAGAAUUCCCCGAUCGAGGAGGUGCGGCUAACGGUCCCCACUGUCGACGACCCGACGCUGCCGGUGUGGACGUUCCGGAUGUGGAGCAUCGGGCUCUUCUCCUGCUCGCUGCUGAGCUUCCUCAACCAGUUCUUCUCCUACCGGACGGAGCCGCUCGUCAUCACCUCGCUGACGGUGCAAGUGGCGUCGCUGCCCAUGGGCCACUUCCUGGCGCGCGUGCUGCCACGCCGCAAGUUCCGGGCGCCGGCGCUGCUCGGCGGUGGGGAGUGGAGCCUCAACCCGGGGCCCUUCAAUAUGAAGGAGCACGUGCUCAUCUCCAUCUUCGCCAAUGCCGGCUACGCCUUCGGCAACGGCAACGCCUACGCCGUCAUGAUCGUCGACAUCAUCCGCGCCUUCUACGGCCGCUCCAUCUCCUACAUCGCCGCCUGGCUCCUCAUCAUCACCACCCAGGUGCUUGGGUACGGGUGGGCCGGGCUGAUGCGCAAGUACGUGGUGGAGCCGGCCCACAUGUGGUGGCCGAGCACGCUCGUCCAGGUCUCGCUCUUCCGGGCACUGCACGAGAAGGAAGAGUUCGCCAAGGGCUCGCGCCAAAUCUCACGCUUCAAGUUCUUUCUGGUGGUGCUCAUCUGCAGCUUCUCGUAUUACGCCCUGCCAGGCUUCAUCUUCCAGAGCCUGACGUCCAUCGCAUGGGUGUGCUGGGCGUUCCCCAAGUCGGUGACCGCGCAGCAGCUCGGCUCCGGCCUCAAAGGCCUGGGCCUCGGAGCCUUCACCCUCGACUGGGAGACCGUCGCCUCCUACCUCGGCAGCCCGCUCAUCACGCCCUUCUUCGCGAUCGCCAACAUCUUCGUCGGCUACGUCUUCUUCGUCUGGGUGCUGGUGCCCACGGCGUACUGGGGCACCAACCUGUACCACGCCAAGACGUUCCCCAUCUUCUCCACGCAGCUCUUCAUGUCCAACGGGACGGACUACGACAUCGACGCCAUUGUGAACAAGCAGUUCGAGCUCGACAUUGACGCUUACGGGAAGCUCGGCAUGGUGAACAUCAGCACCUUCUUUGCGCUCUCUUACGGGCUCAGCUUCGCCACCAUCGCCGCCACCAUCUCGCACGUCGGCCUCUUCUACGGGAAGGAGAUCUACCAGCGGUUCAGAGUUUCGCGGCGGGAGGAUCCUGACGUCCACACGAAGCUGAUGAGGACGUACGAGGACAUACCGGCGUGGUGGUUCUACUCGCUGACGGUACUGUCGAUGGCAGUGGCCCUCAUCCUCUGCACCGUCCUCAUCGACCAGGUUCAGCUCCCAUGGUGGGGCCUCGUCUUCGCCUGUGGCAUGUCCUUCGUCUUCACCCUCCCCAUAAGCAUUAUCACGGCAACCACGAACCAGUCGCCUGGUCUGAAUGUCAUCGCGGAGUACGCCAUGGGGCUGAUAAGGCCCGGCUACCCCAUCGCCAAUGUCUGCUUCAAGGUGUAUGGUUACAUGAGCAUGUCACAGGCCGUCGCCUUCCUCUCGGACUUCAAGCUUGGCCACUACAUGAAGAUACCCCCCAGAUCAAUGUUCGUUGUUCAGUUCGUCGGUACAAUUGUGGCCGGCACAAUCAACCUCAGCGUGGCAUGGUGGCUGCUCGGCUCCGUGGAGAACAUCUGCCAUAUCGAAAAGCUCUCGGCGAAUAGCCCAUGGACGUGCCCCAACGACCGGGUCUUCUUCGACGCGUCGGUCAUCUGGGGCCUCGUUGGUCCACGGCGCAUUUUCGGGCCGCUUGGCAACUACGCAGCCAUCAACUACUUCUUCCUCAUCGGCGCCGCGUCUCCGUUCGUCGUCUACAUCUUCCACAGGAUAUUCCCCGACAAGAAAUGGAUACUGCUGAUCAACCUGCCGGUGCUCAUCAACGCGACGGCCAGCAUGCCGCCGGCGACGGCCGUGAACUACAACUCGUGGCUGCUCGUCGGGACCAUCUUCAACUUCUUUGUGUUCCGGUACCGGAAGAGGUGGUGGCAGCGGUACAACUACAUCUUCUCCGCCGCGAUGGACGCAGGGGUCGCCUUCAUGGCGGUGCUGCUCUACUUCGCGCUCACCAUGCAGAACCGGAACAUUGUUUGGUGGGGCACGGCCGGCGAGCACUGCCCUCUGGCCAUAUGCCCCACCGCUAAAGGGGUCGACCUGGGUCCGGAAAGUGUGUGCCCUGUGUUCUAA